CACCAGUCUAACAAUGAGAUUUACAAUCCUAAUUCUAGUCUACUUCUUGAUUGCCUUCGCAAAGUCACAGCUUGCCGAUAUUGACUACACUGGUGAUGAAACGGGACACACUGCGCAUGGAACAUUUGAACAUGAGCGCCUUAAUCACCCAGGUCUAACGGACACUACUGGACAAGUUGCCAUGAGCGCGGGUGGUGCUGCAAGGCCACCAAAUGCCAAUCUUGCAGCUUAAAACAAUUUGAUGUGCUUGUAUAUUAUAUUGCAUCCUCACCUUUCCUCUUUGCUCUUAUGUAAACAAUUUCUGAUUAAAUUUUUGACUCCC